AUGCCCAAGGUCAAGUGUUAUUCGGCGGCCUGGCUGUCGAAAAAUGCUCCCGGGCACCAGCUCUUUGAACCUUCUCCGGAAGUCGCCCGCGCGCAGGCUCUCGCGUCGCCGUACGCUAGCAAGAAGAACGCGGCCCAGGGACCGAGGCGGACGAUUGCGCGACGCGGCACAGAGGUCUUCGUCGCCGUAGGCAAGGAAAUACGAUGGGGUGACCUGGCCUACCUCAAGGAAACCUGGGCGGGCACGCAAGCGAGGGAGCAUCGAGGCUCCAGCGCUCGCAUCAAACGCGAGGACUCGACUUUCAAUUUAGAGCACAUUCCGUCUAUUGAAGCCGUCGGAGGUUUGAGGACAAUCAAGGUGCCAGUCGCCGACGACAUACGACAGCUCAUCAUCUCCCCUAACACCAACCUCCUCGCUAUUCUUACCACGCACACGAUUCAUAUUUGCACGAUACCUGACUCGACGCAUCUCACGAGCGACGAUACUGCCCCGCUGAAGCCCAAGAUCUCUACCCUAGGCCCUACGACCCAUGUUACGUCACGGUCGCCCAUCAUGUCGGCGCUCUGGCAUCCGCUGGGCGUUAAUGGAUCUUGCAUUGUCACUGUCACGGCUGAUGCGAUCGUCAGAGUGUGGGAGCUGUCCACUGGUGACCGCUGGUCUUUUGAUACCCCUACAACCUCGAUCGACCUGAAGAAGCUGGCAGAUGGUACAUCUUUGGAGCAAGACUUCUCCGCGUCGACUUCGGCGACAAACAAGGCCUUCUCGCCCGACUCAUUCGAGAUGGAAGUUGCUGCAGCAAGCUUUCCUGGCAAGGGAACGGGUGGUUGGAACCCAAUGACUCUGUGGGUGGCCAUGCGCGAAGGAGACGUCUACGCUCUUUGCCCACUCUUGCCUCAGCGCUGGGCGCCUCCUCCCACGCUUAUCCCUUCACUGUCGGUAUCCAUUGUGGCUACAGUCGGCAGUAUCGAGGACGAUGCCUCGGUAGACGAGUACGAAAAACUCCUGGCCCAACAGCAAUUGCAAUGGAUGGGUGACUUGGACUCGCAAGAGCCACAGAUUAUCGACAGCACCGCCCUGGGAGAACCUCCCAUCGAAGUUUACACUCGACCCUCUCGACCUGGUAUUACACCCCGCCUGCAAGGACCAUUUGAUCUCGUUUCCGACCCCGAGACUGGUGACGAGCUAGAUACGUCGGUAACCGAUAUUCUGGUCAUCGGCAAAAAGACUGAGACGCAUGAUCUCAUGCUAGGGGAAGAUGAUGAGUACGAUCUGGAUCUUGACGCCGGUGACCAAGAAGGCCUCUCGCUAGCGGUCAUUUGCCUGCUGUCUACCAGCGGUCAGCUGCGCAUCUAUCUGGAUAUGGACAGUGUCCAAGCACAGUGGCUACCACCCAAGAAUAAAUACAAGAACAGCAAAUUGCUCGCGGAAGGCAAGACGUCGUCACUUCUCGCAUUUCAAGCAAUCGACACCAUGACGCCCGUUGAGGUAACAGAAGAGAGUUGGCCUGUAUUUAGCGCCGAUGCCCUGUCACGAUACAGCUUCUUUGUCACACACCACGCUGGUAUUACUUUCGUUUCCCUUGCAUCGUGGAUAUUUCGGCUUGAAGGAGAGCUUUCAGGAGACUACGAAACUGGUACAGACUUUAGAAUCGGGCUACUUGUUAACUCUCAAUCUAUCAGAGAACGAGUCUAUGCCCAGCCUGCCGCAGAUGCUGCUAUGCCACUCACGGGAUGUGUGGUGUUGAGAGACCCAGAUGUCGGCUAUUUCCUCCUCUCAGCCAGCCCUUACGAGCCCAUCGCUCUCACCUUUGAGACCCCCGAGCUGGACGUUGUUCCUAUUCACCGAGAGGCUAGCCCCGAGCGUGAACGCGAAGCCAGCAUGGCGCCUCUCGAUUUCUACGAGCCUCGCCCAGUCUACAACCCUCCACAUGUGUUCGACCAGGGGUCAUCACUACCGCUGCUUUUGGAAAGACUACGCACAUCACGCCACAAGACUGUCGUUUCUCAACAGGUCAAAUUAAGCCCGCUGACGUUGCAAAUCUUUACGGAUGCUCAUAAGGUUUUGAGCGAUGAGACAUACAAGCUUGGCGUGUCUGCUGCCCAAAUCUUCAGACGGUGUGAGCUCCUGCAAAGCGAGCUGAAGCAGCAAGUGAUCAAGGCCAAUGAGGUCAAGGGCAAGAUUGACACCAUCAACGGUGCUGACCGUAACAACGAAAGCGACAACGCCAUGUAUGACCGUCGCAUUUCGGAAGCACGCGAUCGGCAGGAGGCUAUUGCGCAGCGCGUCGAGAAUCUUCGCAAGAUUGUCGGCAAGUCAAGCACACGCGAGCUGAGCAUCAAGGAACGUGCCUUUAUGGAGGAAGUGCGCACCUUGAAUGCAAGCGUCUCGGGCCCUGGUGCUUCUGAAGAAGAGGACAAUGCUACGAAACAGUCGCAGGAGCUGUGGAAGCGCCUGGACAGUAUCAAGAAGCUGCAGGCUGAGCUCGCGGCUGAGUUGGAAGCGCUCAAGAAGGGCGGGGAGAUGGAGACGGAGACGACGUCAACGCCGCAGCUGCGCAUCCCGCAGGAUGUCCGACGCAGCAAAUUGCAGCAGGUGCAGGGGCUGCUCUCACGCGAGACGGCGCUGGUGGAUGCGGUGACGUCGCGCCUGGAGAGGCUGCAGGCCACCGUGUAA